UCUGUUUCUACCUCUCGUUUCUAUCUCUUUCUCAAUCAAAUCUUUCUUUCUUCGUUCCUUUCCAAGUUCAAAGAAAAUAAAAAAUUAAGGAAAAGAAAGGUUGCUGCUCAGAAAUUUAGGCAGGGGUAGGGGUAGAGAAGAAUGACUACUCCCCUGGGGCUUUUGCUGCCUCUAAAUACGGCCUUCUGUUGUUCAGAUUUCACUCCAAGAGGCUUUGGAUCCUUCUUUCAAAAUCCCAAUUUCUUCUCCCAAAACCCUAAUAGCCCUAACCCAUUGAGGCCAUCUUCUCUUCCUUCUUCUUCUUCUUUUACACAUGGUAAAUGGGUCGGAACAAGGAAAUUUUCACACAACACAAGAAGCCUCCACUCAAGACAUACGGACCAAGAUCUGGAUGGUCAGAGAAAUGAAGUGAAGAACAAGGUGCACAUGUUUGGAUCUAAUGAAGAGAUGGCUACACAAGUUCCAACUCAGGUUCAAUCUGUUGUGGAAGGGUCAGGGUCUUUGCUUGUGUCAGAGUUCAAAUCCACCCCAGAUGUUGAUUACUUACAGGAGUUAUUGGCCAUUCAACAAGGAGGACCAAGAGCAAUAGGCUUUUUUGGAACACGGAAUAUGGGUUUCUUGCACCAAGAGCUUAUCGAGAUUCUUAGCUAUGCAAUGGUUAUAACUAAAAAUCACAUUUUUACAUCAGGAGCAUCAGGCACGAAUGCUGCUGUUAUUAGAGGUGCUUUAAGAGCUGAGAAACCAGAGCUGCUUACUGUAAUCUUACCUCAAAGUCUGAAAAUGCAACCCCCUGAGAGUCAGGAGUUACUUUCCAAGGUAAAGAAUGUAAUAGAGAAACCACACAACGAUCAUCUUCCAUUGAUAGAAGCAAGCAGGCUGUGUAACAUGGAUAUCAUCUCAGAAGUACAACAGGUCAUUUGCUUUGCCUUCCAUGAUAGUAAAUUGCUAAUGGAGACGUGUCAAGAAGCAAAAAACAUGAGGAAGAUGGUGACACUCUUCUACUUGGAUUGAAAGACAGACAGACAGACAGACACCUUUUCUUCUUCUAAAGAUGUGCUUAUUUUUGUAGAUUGGGUUGUGAAAUCCAUGCAUAGGGAGGGAACAAAUUGUUCAUCUUUGUUUCUACGUUGGCUCAUGGGAAAAAGAUAGAGGUCCCAGUUGGUCAUUGUUUACAAACAUCAUCGGUGCAUUGAAGAGGGGAGAUGGUCAUUUGUUAUUUGAUUUGAUUUUGAGGAAAUGAAAAAGAAAUGUGGAAAAUAAUACUUGUUUCAGUUCAGCUCAAAUGGGUGUUUCCUCACCCCACCCACACCAAAAAUAUUAUUUUAUUGCCAGUACCAUAUCAAUAUGGAAUUAAGGUGUCUCUAAGUGAACUUGGAGUUUGAGUA